CACACACACUCUCACACACACACACACACGCCUCCUCUCACUCCUCCUACAUUCGACACUUUCCAGUCGCCUCCCACCGCGGAGCUCGGUGAGUUUCAGGCAGGUUGCCCGCCCCCCUCGGUGCUCGGUGCUCGGUCACACAGGGGACGGAACCUUCCGGCGGGUAUCGGUGCGCACACGGACGGAACAAGUCGGAACAGCUCAGCUGUUCUCGCUCCGACACACACACACACCGACACUAUUUUCUACACAGGCACAACAUGUAGCGGGUCACACCUCGUCUUGGUGAUGUUAACACAGGCGCGUUAAUGGAGCUGUGAAUUAAGACGAUUUAAAAAAAAGAUUUGUAUUUAAAUAUUAAACCAUGAUGCAGCCGUAGACUUCCAGAGUGGAAGUUGUUUUUGUUUUCGGUCAGUCCAACAGUUCCCGUCGAGAUGGAAAGCCGCGGUCCUUAGUCCGAGCAGACGACAUGGGAAAAUGGGAGUUGACAAUGAACCCAGUGCAGGAGUGGGGUGAGGAGUUUGAGGACGGUGCAGUCUACGGGGUCACCCUGCGUCGGGAGCCCGCCCCCGCCGCCCCAAGCGCCAGUGACACAAAUCCCUCUGCCGCCUUUGUCCAGUACCGGACCUGCAAGGUGCGGCGACUGAAGGCCGCCACCCUGGUCCUGCUGGUGAAUCAUCUCCUCGACCCCAGCUACCAGGAGCAGGAGUACAGCAAGAUCCUCCUCUCCACAUACAGAACAUUCACCAGUACCUCAAAGCUCAUAGAGCUGCUCUUUCAGAGAGAUAGCGCUGCCUCAGACCUGGACAACGUUGAAUGCUACAGGAGUCCUCUGCUGGCCUUUGUCCAGAUAUGGUUGGAAGAGUACAGUGAGGACUUCAGGGAUCCUCCCAUGCACCUGGCACUCAGGCUGCUGUUGGAUCACCUGAGGAUCAGCUCUGCGGUGCACGUCAAUAUGCACAGCCAACCCAACUUCUGCUCAUUGGCCGGGCAAGCCGAGGCGCUUCUCAAGAGGUUCCAGAAAGAAGAAACGGAGACGAGUGUCAGCUCUGCCCUGGCAAAUCUGGAACAAGGGGAGGAGGGAUCGGGUGACGAGGAUUCAGGAUGUGAAAACCUUGCGGAACCAGGCGGUGUCAUGGAUUUCUCCGCUGCAGCCAUCGCCGAACAGCUCACCCAAACGGAUUCUGCUCUGUUUGUCAAAGUGGUGCCGUACCAGUGUCUGGGCUGUGUGUGGUCACAAAGGGACAAGAAGGAAAACAUGUCUCCCACCAUCCGAGCCACCAUCGCACAGUUCAAUGCCGUCACCAACCAGGUCAUCAUGUCCCUGCUCUGCCAGCCUGCAGACCCAACCUCCAGUCCAACUUCCUCCUGCCGGCCUCCCACUACUCCUGCGCAAAGGGCCCGCAUCAUCGAGAAGUGGAUCAGAGUGGCUCAGGACUGUCGUCGGCUGAAGAACUUCUCCUCUCUGAAGGCGAUCCUGUCGGCCCUUCAGUCGAAUGCCGUUUACAGGCUGAGAAAGACCUGGGCUGUUGUCAGCAGAGAUAGCAUGGCCACGUUCGAUAACCUCUGCGAGACUUUCCCUGAUGAGAACUGUGUUCUCACCAACAAAGAGCUCCUGGGGGAGGACGGAGGCCAAGCGACCGUGGGUAACAUUUCUCCAAAGAUAUUCAAGCGGUGUCCGAUCCGCAGACAGAUGAGUACGUCCAGCGGAGUGGUUCCUUACCUGGGCACCUAUCUGACCGUCCUCACCAUGCUGGACACGGCUCUGCCCGACACCGUGGAGGGUGGGCUCAUAAACCUUGAGAAGAGGCGCAGGGAGUUUGAGGUCCUGUCACAGAUCCGUGUGCUGCAGGCGUCCUGUUCGCAGUACAACCUGCCCCAUCACCCCAGAGUCGCUGCCUGGCUGCGGGGAUACAUGCUGCUCACUGACCAGGAGAGCUAUGAACUGUCGAGACAGCUGGAGCCUCCGGUGGAUCUGUGUUCACCGACUCUCUGGAGCCAGCGCACACUCACAAAGAAACUCUCCAGUCUCCUGACAGUGAGCGAAGGAUCCAAGAAGCUCCGCGCCGACCAGAUCAGCGUCUCGUCGUCUGGAUCCAGUGGAUCUGAGAUGGAGGACCUCUCCUCCCCACACUCGGCCUGUUCCAUCAGACUGCAGUCCUUCCACAGCUCAUGCAACAAUGUUUCCGAGGCUUUCUCCUCGUCCUCGUCCUCCUCGUCCUCUUCCUCCCCCUGCUCGUCCGCGGCUUCCUCUCCAGACUGCCCCACUCCCUGUAGCUCCUCCUCCUACCGGCGGACGGACCUCCAGCCCCCGGCCUCGUCGUGCGGCGGCGCUCGGCCGAAGCCCGGUCCGGCCUCGCACCACAAGCGUUCCGUGUCCCUGAUGUCCCUGCCCGUGUACAACCGCCAGCUGGCUGACUCGUGCAUAGUCCGGGUGAGCGUCGACCUGUCCCACUACAACGGCAACAUGUACAAAAGCAUCCUGUUAACCAGCCAGGACAAAACUGCUCAGGUGAUUCAGAGGGCACUGGAAAAACAUCACCUCGGGCACAUGAAUUGGCAGGAGUUCACGCUGACGCAGGUCAUCUCCCAGGAGAGAGAGUUGCUCAUCCCGGACAAAGCCAACGUCUUCUAUGCCAUGUCCACAACGGCAAACUUUGACUUUGUUUUGCGGCAGUUCCCCAAAGGGCAGAAGAAACCACUGAGGGCCACGUCGAGCCUGGGGCGGUACACAAAGUAGCGCGGCGGGUCUACACAUUUUUCCAGCUGGGAGAACAUGCAAGUGUGCUUUCUGGAGAGUAGUCUUAAAUUUUGUAACACUUUUUCUAGAGGAUACUGUAAGAACAUUCUCAGAGAUGGGCAGUUUUCACUGAAGACGUGAAAAUGUGACUUUUUUAACGAGAUAAUGCAAAAGCACUUUAAGAAGAGGAAUGCAGCAGGAACUGAUGAAGCUUAACAAAAAAAAAUAAGACUAACCCCUGAUCGGACUUUCUUUUAUUUCCUGUAGGGAAAACAGGGUGUGAAUCCUACCAUUAAACCAAAAAAGUAAAGAAAAACACAAAAAAAAACCCUCAUUCCUUUCCUCUUCCCCAGAGGUGCGUUGGUGAUAGAUAUCCUCUGACUCUGCUGCUACAUGUCACUUUCAAUAACUGUUGAUAUGAAGGUGCGCACAGAAACCCGCUCCCCCAGAGAGCGACGCAUGACCGACAUCGAUGGCCUAUUUGUACACGCCACGUCGAGACGUGACCGGAACAUUUCCCCCCACACACAGCUGGACGCCAUUAAUAGCCUGUCUGUGUCGGAGAAGGGAAUCGGGGUCAGAUGUUGCGCGAGCAGGUGCACAGACGGUAUCGAACUCCCGGGGGCCCCCGCAGCGGGUUGUCUGCCAUCGAGAUGAGACACCCUGCUGUGCCAGUGCCAUCCGGGGAGAGGGUGUAUGAGACGUGCUCACCAGGGAUCACUGUGUUCCCCGGGGGGGAGUUUCGGCCCGGCUCCGCCGUGAUGUUUGCCAUGAUGUUUAUCGCGCGUGGCUCGGCUCGCAGCCCCGACUGGAAAGUUGGCAUUCCUGAACUCCAUGGUAACCAUGGCAGCAGCAGUGAUUCGAUGGACCAGGUGAUGUAAACGGCAAAUUUGUACUGUAUCUGAAUGAAAGGACAAUAAGGGUGAACUGUUGUGUAAUGCUUUUAGUGAUAGUGCUGUGACAAAGAGUUUAAAUUUUUUUUAAUGUUAUGUAUUUAUUUUUUCACUUUGGUUCCACUGUGCACCUUUAUUUGAUUGACACGUUGAGAUGACUCACUAGGCUUUAACUCAUCUUCUGAUUGGUUGGAAAAUCCUUUUUAUUAGAAACUACUUUUCAAAUGCUUUUAUUUUGUGAUCUGUUGGACAUCUUAUUUUCUGAUUAUUACUGAGAAUAUUUAAAAUGUAUUUUUUAUUUUAAAUAUCUUGAUUGUAUUUAACAAUGUGGCUCAAGCCUGGAUGUAACUGGGUCUUAAAUGGCUUGACUUAAACGCCUAAUGAUGAAUUUAUAUGUGAUGGUUUCACUGACAUCUAUUGACAGUAACAGUGUAGUGAGAUCAUAUUUUCUUACGCCAGAGAGUCAAAGAGGAAGAGUUAUAUAAUGAACAGGACACAAAGGUUUUAUCUCUCAAGUCCCCUUGGAGCAAUCUGGGAGUCGAAAGCCUUGCUCAAGGGCACAUAGCUGUCCUCUUCACGCCUCCAGCUCCCGCAGAGUAAACACUUCACCAGAAGCUUUCUCCUCCUGACACGGUGCAAUAUCCCCUAAACAAUAUCUUUGCUUAUAAAAACUGGUAAUUGUUCAAUCUUUUCAUUUUUAAUGAAGAUAAAUGUUACGGUUAUAAAACAAAAUGAAUAAACUGUCUGGAAAAAAAAAAUCUGAUUUGAAAUGCAUUUUCACCCAGCGUUGACAACCUUCUAAUAAAGAAAUGUUGCUAUUGA